AUGGCCGCGGAUGCUGAAGGUAAUCUGCCUGUGUUCUUUUUUGAUAUUGAUAAUUGUGUAUGUGGGUGCAGUCAUUUUAAGUCAUUGGGCCUUUGAAUUGACCAUUUGCAGCUAUAUUCUAGGAGUAAACGGGUAUGAGCUCUGAGAAUCUGGUGGAAAUUUUGGGCGAACGUACAGGCAAUUGUAUCUGUGCUCAUGCCUCUCUAGGUUCACGACAUGAUGAAGGAGCUAAUCAACAAAUUCUUUCGAGAGCGACUCCGUGAGACUUGUUCGAUUCUGCAUGUGUAUGAGCUAAGCUCACUGUGAGUCCAGAAUUGAAUCCUAAGGAUGCCGAAACUCUUCACGAGACGUAUUACAAAACCUACGGUCUUGCUAUUGAAGGUCUUGUUCUUUACCACAAGAUAGACCCCCUCGAAUACAAUAGUGUUGUGGACGACGCACUUCCGCUGGAUCAAGUUCUCCACUCUGAUCUGGGGUUAAGGAAGUUGAUUUCGGAUAUGGAUAGGACGAAGGUGAGGCUUUGGUUGUUCACCAACGCAUAUGUCACCCAUGCAAAGCGGGUGGUCAAGCUUCUGGGUAUCGAGGAUCUCUUUGAUGGUAAGUAGUGUCCUGUGACAGAAUCCUCUAACGCUACGGCUACGCGUUACUACUCGCAUUUUUGCUGACAGAUUUUAAGGGAUAACAUAUUGUGACUAUGCUCAAGAGAAAUUAAUCUGCAAGCCCCAGAUUGCGAUGUUUGAAAAAGGUUUAGUGCUGUGGAGAAUCUUGUGAUCGAGAGAGUUCGCUAACAGAUUAUUUAUAGCUAUGAAGGAAGCCUCGAUAACUGAUCGGUCGAAUUGCUACUUUGUGGGUAAGUUUUUUAAUUUCUGGCACCUGGAGCUAAAUUUUAUGAUCCAGACACUUACGGGUGUAAAAACCAAUCCAGACGAUACGACGAUAAACUGUCGAGCCGCCAUUAGCUAUGGAUGGGAAAACACCGUCCAGAAGCUGGAGCCUGGCGAUCCAGAACCACCAGUACCAGCCGCAAAGCACAAUAUUUGGAAUCUCGAGGAACUUAGGACUUUAUACCCCGAGUUUUUCAAGCAGCCAAACUAGAUCUUUUUUGUUGCAUAUGCUCCUGAUGGUGUUUCCUGCUGGAAGUGAUCGACUGCGGAAUAGUCUUGAUCUUUGGUCCUGCAAUAAAUAGUGGAAUAAAGCG